ACUGAAGUGGAGCUCGGGCAGGUGGCCCGCGAGCGCAGCGACUUUAGUCACCAGCUGGCCGUGGUCGUCCGCCAGAAGGAAGCGCUCUCGGAGGAGCUGGGCCGCGUGCGCCAGCGGCUGGAGCAGGCCAGCGAGACCAACAGCAGGCUCAACCUGAGCCUCGAGGACCUCGUCAAGGACUGCGAGGAGAAGCAGGUGGUCCUGGAGGCCAACGACAAGGACAUCCAGCGCCUCCAGGAGCAGCUGGCCUCGCUUCGCAGCGAGAAGGAGGCGCUGGAGGCCGUGCUCUUCGACGCGCAGACGGGUUUGGAGGCGACGGACAACAAGCGCGCCAAGCUGGAGAAGGAGAACCAGGAGCUGCUCGUCAAGCACGAGGGGCUCAAGGGGCAGAUCACCCGCCUCACCAAAGACCUGGAGAACUCGGAGAAGCGCGCCCGCGAGAUGCGCGCGUCCCUGCUGCAGGCCGCCGGAAACCAGGAGGCCGAGUUCCAGCAGCAGAUCGCCAAGCUUAAAAGCACAAUCGAGGAGACGGUGCGCAAGCUCACCGACGAGAGGGAGCAAGUUCGUGCCGCGCUGGAGAAGCGCCUGCAGAGUGCCGUGACCCAGCUGACCAACGAGAAGGAGGCGGAAGUGGCCGCCCUCCAGGAGAGGAUCGACGCGGCACAGCAGCACCUGGAGAACGUGUGCCAGCAGCACGAAGAGGCGCUACUCCGCGCCGAGAACGACAAGCAGCAGUCGCUGCUUCUGGCGCAACACGACCAGCAGGCGCUGCAGGAGAAGCUGGAGUGCGUGCGGCGCGAGCUGGAGGAGGAGCGCGGCGUGCUGGAGCGGGUGCGGCGCGAGGCGACGGCGCGCGCCGAGCAGGACCGCGCCACGCUCAACCAGCUGCGCGACGAGCUGGCGCGCGUGCACACGCGCCUCGAGGACUUCAAGUGCAAGGCGGAGGAGGACCGCGCCCGCUUCGACGCGCGCGCCGACGAGCUGCUCCGCGAGCGCGACCUCUCGCAGCAGGAGAGCGAGGAGCUCAAGGUGCAGCUCAGCCUGUCCGAGGACCGCGUCGACCAGGUCCAGGCACAGCUGCAGGAGACGCUGCGCAAGCUCAAGGAGACCGAAAACGUGAGCGAGUCGCUGCGGAAGGACCUGACGGACGUCCGCCGCCAGCUCAGCGACUGCAGCUUCGAGAAGGACAAGUACUGCAGCACCAACCGCGAGCUGCGCGAGAUCGUCAAGCGGCUGGAGGGCGACAAGCGCGAGGCGGCGCGCGGGCUGGACGAGGCCGUGCAGAAGAUCGCCAUGCUGGAGGAGGCGCGCGGCGCGCUCGACCUGGAGCGCACCCGCCUGCAGGCGCAGGUGCGCGACCUGGAGCACGCGCACCUCACCGUGCAGCACAACCUGCAGACGGUGCAGGACGAGCUGGCGCGCACGCAGGCCGCCAACAAGCAGGCCGCCGGCGAGGAGAAGGAGCUGCAGGCGCGGCUGGCCGUGGAGACCGAGGAGCGCGAGCGAGCCUCGCAGGAGCUGCACCAGCUGCGCAAGCAGGCCGUGGAGCUGGACGGCGCGCUGGAGAUGGCCCGCCAGGAGAUGGCGCGCCUGCGCUCGCGCGCCGAGGAGGAGGGCGAGCGGUGGCGCGCGCGCGAGCAGGAGCUGGUCAUGCGCCUGGAGGACAGCCGCAACCGGGAGCGCAAGCUCGAGGACCAGAAGCACAACCUGGAGGUGUGCCUGGCCGACGCCACGCAGCAGAUCCAGGAGCUCAAGGCGCGCCUGGGCGGCGCCGAGGGCCGCGUGCGCGCCCUGGACCAGCAGCUGCUGCAGCUGGAGGCGGCCAAGAAGGACGCGGACCAGAAGCUGAGCAGCGUGGGGUCGACGCUGCGCCGCAUCGCCGGCAUCCAGCUGGACGGCAGCGUCAGCCUGCCCUUCCGUCUGCUCAGCCCGUCGCGCCGGUGGAGCCCCGCCAGAGCAGUCCAAGAGCACCACGACGGCCGAGGCGACAGCGUGGUUGAUGUGGACCCGGAGGUGAUCCGCAAGGGCGUACGCUCCCUCAUGCAGCAAGUGGCGCAGAUCGAACGAGAGCGGGACGACCUGAAGGCCCAGGUGACCGCGGCCAAAAAGCAGCUGGCCGAGACGCAGGAGCACCAGUCCAAAGGAGACACGAAACUCAACGCCACGCUGCAGAACCUGUCCCGCCUCCAGGAGGAGAAGGGCAGCCUGGAGAACCGGCUGGGACAGAAGCAAGCAGCGCUCCAGGCCCAAUCGGAGACACUGCAGCAGCGCACCGAGGAGGCGACGCAGCUGCGCGAGCGUCUGACGGCGCUGGAGCUGACGCUGCACUCGGGCGCGGAGGAGCGCGCCGUGUGCGAGGACAAGCUGGAUAAGGUGCGGGCCGCGUGCGGCCGCCUGGAGGCCGAGAAGCGCGCGCUGCAGGAGGAGCUGGGCCGCACCGAGUCGCGCGCCACCAAGCUCGAGCUGCAGCGCAUGGGCCUGGAGGGUGACCUGCAGCGGCUGCAGAUGGUGCUGCAGGAGAAGGACUCGCAUCUGGCG